AUGGCAAACCCGCACGUACCGCUGGAUCUGGUGGCGGCGAGACACAACAGGAUGGUGCCCGCCUACUGUCAUCUCCCCCCCUACGCGCCGUACGCAGCCUUUUCCGCCCCAUCCUACAACCCAUUUUGCCACAAGACUCGGCACAAGACCACCAAGGAGCAACUCCAUGUUCUCGAGCAGUACUACGCAAAGGAAAAACGACCCGAUGCAAAGGAGAGGGAUAUGCUGGCCCGAAGAAUUCAGAUGUCACCUCGCGGGGUGCAGAUAUGGUUCCAAAAUCGUCGUGCCAAAGAAAAGGCGGUAUUGAAUAAGAAGAAUGCUGCUGCUACCUCCACGGCGGGUGAUGGAGGGUCUUCCUCGACUUCCAAGACGGAGUCCAAACCGGAGAAUGCGAUGACAGAAGUAUCGAGUGUAAACAGCACGACAGAUUCUUCCGCGGCCCCUGUUAACGAGCAAUACCGCAUGCCGGCCCCAAUGGGCGGUAGCACCGCUCCGAGUAUUGAGGCCGAUAUAACUCAUCACGGCUACGCUGUUUGCGAACCACCAUACCAAGCCGAUGCCCCGUACUUGUGGGAAAGCGAUUUUAAGAAAGUCCGUCAACCAUAUAUGCGUAGCCGCGCCAUGUCGCUUCCUAGCCUGUACUAUGGCAUACCCGUCGAAGGCUUCCCAGCCGGCGUCCAACCUCCGAGCCCCACAUCUGCGGGACUUUUCGUCGGAGACCAAGAUUCUUAUGUUAACACCGGAUCAGCACAGUACGAAGAAUUGCCAGCACAGUCCGAGGAGCAGGGUACACACCCCGGUUUGACCCCUCACCGCUACUUGUGGCAGAGGACACCUACCAUGAUCUCGGACGAGCUCUUAGUUCGGCGAGCCGACACGCGAUCAGAUGCGAUUGUACACCCGCUUACCCAUGCCAAUGACAUGAGCGAGGCGCACCUUGGCGGGCCUAUGGAUGCAUUUCAUCCGGAUCCAUCAUGGUCUUCCCUCCGAAGAGGCUCGUGCCCUCCUGAAUAUCUCGCCUCGUUCCAACAACAAAUGCUUUCGUCACCGAGUCAACACCACAACUUACCGCGAACCAUAUCCGUCGACAAUAUGCAUCCGAUCGAGGAGGGCCAUCCUUGGGAAGAGAUGUCAGCCGUAGACGAUGAACAACCGCUAUGUUCUCCCGUCGAGCUUGGCGAGACCAUCGACCCUUCCGGUCAUCAGACCCUGACAUCCACUCCGAUGCAGUCUCAGCUCGGCUACGAUUUGCCUUACGGCGUGAAGCUUGAUCGUCGCCGAACACACGAUUCCUGGACGGACGGCCACGAUCAACAAACUCCGUUCCUCAGCGUUGCCAUGGGUCGCCGCGGGUCGGUUCCGAUCAAUGCACACCGGCGACCUAUGAUGGACGCCGAUAUGAUGAUGGGUCGCAUCGCACCCUCCGAGGGGAUGCAUUCCGGCGAACAUCCCGAGUUUUACCACGUCCCGGCUGCAGCCGAAUACGUUGACCCUUUGUACAUAUCUGAAGAUGGACUCCCAGGCGUAAUUUCUGGUGCCACUAUGCUCAUGUAA